AUGAGCUUUCUUUUCUCUCUGCGUCCACCGGAUGACAUGCCGUUGGUGCCGCCGCAGCUGAGUUACCUUACUGAGUACGUUCUCUCCCCAUUUUAUGACUUGGUUGCACUUUACUACCCCACGUGGUGGGAUCCAAAUAAAUUGACGUUGUUUGGGAUUCUUAUGACUCUCCUCUCAUCGUUUCUGCUUCUCACUGGAAUGCCGCCAACGACGUUGUUUGAGCCACCGUACGCCACCCUGCGUCCCGCAAGCCUUUUGCUGGAGGCGGAUUCAAAAUGGCUAAAUUCUCCUGCUCCUACGCCGCUGCAUCCAGCCGCACUGCGUCCGCUUUGGAGUUCUGUUUUCCCCUCUAGCAAUUGGAUGCUGUUUUUCUGCGGCCUCCUGAACGGCAUCUACUGCGUUGCUGAUAACACCGACGGACGUCUUGCCCGUCGGCUGAAGAAGACAAGCAACAUUGGGGAAUACCUUGACCACGGCCUGGAUUGUGUGACCUCGCUGCUUUCAACUUGUGUCGGUAUGUCUGUGAUUGGAAUAUCAUUCUCGAACAUUGCUUUCACCGUUGUGACUAUAGCCCUUGCCACAGUUUUCUCGCACAUAUUGAACUACGAGAAACACAUUUUUAUUUGGGGCAAUCGAUUUAUCUCUGUAGACGAGGCGAUGGUCUUUUUUUGUGUCGUAAACUGGAUUCCAAUUGCCUUUCCAGGGGUUCCCGGCGCAAAGGUGUCACCGGCUCUCUUGUACGCCGUGUUGCCUGAGCCGUGGGCGCAGGCACUGCUGCCUCUUCGCUACAUUGAGGUUUUGAUGAUUAUUUAUUGGGCCUCCCAGAUCUAUGUCAUUCUGGGCAUUGCUAGCAAAAACUGGAAGAUGCUUUUUCGGCUCACCACGUUGGCCGUGCUUUGCAACUCUGCCCUGCUGCUCGGCGUUAUUCCCUACCACACGCAGCACCUCCUGACGGUUGGUUCCGCAGGAUAUGCCUUGGGGCCGUUCUCGUACGUGGCGCUCUGGUUCAUCACUGUCGCAUCCACCUCUAGCACGGUUGUUCACACGCUCGUUUACGCCCAUUGCCUUCGGUUGCCCCGCGUCGAUGCGUCCGCGCUUGCGGGUCUUUUUUUUGUCUGGCCCGUCUUUCUCUGUUGCCCUGCGGCUGGGAUGCUGAUCUCUGUCGUCUGGCAUAUUGCGCAAAUUGUCUGCUAUGUGAGGAGCCUCCAAAGCCACCAUGAUGCGGCAUCGCGAAGGCUGAAAGCGGCAUAA